CCUGUAUAUCUUAAUUCGUGUGUUGUGGAUAAAUGGAUUAUGGAAUUGAAUAAUUGAUAAUAAAAAUAACUUAAACAUUUUAUAGUUUUCGGCUUUCGGCACUUUUUUACGUCUGGAGAUCGAAGAUAUUAAAAAUAAUCAUAACAAUUAUUAACAAUUUAAGUAUACAGUGUAUUAUAACAUUAAUAACUAUUAUUUAUUUUAAAAUUAAAUUGUUACCUCAAACGUUUUUUUUGUCUCUAAAUAAAUAAUAACUAUGCGUUCGUGUUAGUUGCAAUCAAAUCAUUAAACGCGUUAGCCAAAAUCCCUGACAAUGUUUGCUUUGAAGAAAUCACUGACCACAUUAGCUGGCCGCCGACUGCGUGGCACCAGAGCGUUUCUGACGGAGGCGUACAGGUGUGAAGACGUUUGGCAAGAACGGCUGGACUGUUCGUUGCUGAAGAAAGUCCAACCUGAAGUGCUGUACCACAAGUUGUCCACCGCACUGGAACAAGGAUCUAAGCAGAUUAGUGCCGUUGAUCUGGAUGUGUUUGCCAACUCGCUGACGGAUCAUACAUACCUGGAGGAGUUAGAGGAGCUCGCGCAUAAGUUUCGUUUGUCUGCGCAGACUGGCACGUUGUUGCCAUCCACACAUCAUGCAGUCGUGCGGUUGUUUGUUGCAUCAAAUAGCACCAAUGACCUCAUCAGGAUAUUAAAGGAUCGCCUAAAUUAUGGUAUUUUUCCCGACUACUAUCUGUGUAACUUGCUAAUGGACCGUUUCAUAAAAGAGAAUGAUGUUCUAAAUGCCGCAGUGAUAGCUUCCAACCAAAUGUUACAAGAAGAACUAGACAAUGAUAUUACCAAAGCCAUGGGAUUAUAUUCCUGUUUGAAAUUUAUCACCAAUCCUACUGAAUGGGAGAAAGCAAAAGUUGUAACAGAACAAACAAAUGAUGAUGAUGACGAUGAAGAAGAUAGACGAGUACGUGUGGACUUUUUGAGAAAUCCAUACUUUGAUGAUCACUUUGAUUUGGCAGACGGUGAUCACUUGGUCGGAAAAACCAUGCUGGCAAUCAGCAGAAAAAUUGAUAGUUCUAUAUUGGGAAACAGCUUUAAGACUCUUGGAUUAGCCUAUUAUAAUCGGUGGAAUGAUUUAAAUGCUCAUCUAAAAAAACUUGACGGUUCUGUAUACUUAGAAACAAUAGAAUUGGCAGUUACUGCAAUAGAUAAACGAGCACCUGAAAAUGCUGAGCAACUAAAAGAUACUCUUGCAAAAUUGCAAAUUGAAAACAAAAGUUUGACUGAAGAAUCAAAAAAUUUUGUAAAUGAGGCAGUAUCUAAAAACGAAGAAAAAGAAAUACAGACCCAAAAAGCGAUUUACAAAGAAUGGGAAUCCUUCAGGCGAGAAGAGCUAUCUAGGUACCUUGAACAUUUAAAUAAGUUGAAACGUUUACAGAAGGUUCAACAGGCCAAACAAGAUCUCAAAGAAAAAGAACAGUUGUUGUUCUUCUUUGAUAAUGAACAUAAGCAUGACCUAGUUAAAGAAGAAAAACUGAAACGAAUGAAAAAGACAGUGGUUAAAGACAAGAGCCUUAAAGAUGAUUUAACAUAUGUACCACCAGAAAUCAGAAAACCUGGUUUUAGACGAGAUUAAACAAAACUAUAAAUUAAGUUAAAAAUUACAUGGUACCUACCUAUAGUAAUAAUUAAUAAAUAUUCAUAUCUAAAUCUACAAACUAUUUUGUUAUUGAUUUUUUAUUUUAUUAAUAUCUUCUGGUGGAACUUAAGAAGUAUAGUAUUUUGUUUAAUUUUUUAUAAUUUAUUGAAAGUAAUCCAGAAUAGUAGUUUUACAGGGUUGAGGAACCUGUUAGAUGUAAAUAACAAUUUUAGAGUUUACGUGGCCCUUAGAAUAAUAAUUUUAACUGUAGAUAGGGGAGCCUCAGAGAACAAAGUUCAAAUAAUAAGUUUCAGUUGAUAUAUUUUAUUAGUACACAAUCUCAAUAAAAUAUUAAAUGCAGUAUUAUGAAAGACUUAUGCAUAUUAAAGUCAGCCGGAGUUUUUUGUGUGUGGGUUGCUGUUUGGCCAUACCUAUUAAAUUUGUUGUUGUCUUUUAUGUUGUAUAAAUAUAAUAUUAUGUACGUGUGUAAUGUGUAUAUUGUAUAUAUGUACGGGGAUGACCAAUAUGUCUAAUAACCAUUAUAUAUUUAUUAUAUAUUUAUGUUGAUGGUUUGUAAGUUUCUAACUGUUUCUCACAUCUGUGGUUCGCAAAUCUACAGUAGCUUUUAACUUAACUUUUACCUAUUAAAUCCCUAAUUGCCUAA